GAGAAGCUACACCAAAAGAGUAGUUGAGUUCUUUUAUAGUGUGACAUAGCACUGAUAUAGCUCUAGUUUAUGGCAAUUGUAGCAACCUCAUCCUCAUCUCCCACCAUGAGCCUCAGCCACGACGAUACCACCACAACCGCCGCCACCGAUGGCUGCGACACGCUCAAACGCCCCGACGAGGACGAUGACGACAACCACCAGCACGACAUGGUCAUGCCCGGCUUCCGCUUCCACCCAACCGAAGAAGAACUUGUUGAAUUCUACCUUCGCCGGAAAGUCGAAGGCAAGCGUUUCAACAUCGAGCUCAUCACCUUCCUCGAUCUCUAUCGCUACGAUCCAUGGGAACUCCCUGCUAUGGCGGCGAUCGGAGAGAAGGAGUGGUACUUCUACGUUCCGAGGGAUAGGAAGUAUCGGAACGGUGACCGGCCGAACAGAGUGACGACGUCUGGGUACUGGAAGGCGACCGGAGCUGAUAGAAUGAUUCGAGCGGCGGAGAGUUCGAGGUCAAUCGGGCUGAAGAAAACUCUAGUUUUCUAUUCUGGAAAAGCUCCAAAAGGGAUUCGAACCAGUUGGAUUAUGAAUGAGUAUCGUUUGCCUCACCAUGAAACCCAGCGCUUCCAGAAGGCUGAGAUAUCUCUGUGUCGAGUUUACAAGAGACCUGGUGUAGAAGACCAUCCCUCUCUUCCUCGCAGUCUCCCUACCAGACCCUCCUCAUCAUCCACUACAUCAAAACCUUCUUCAGACAAGAAUCAUUAUAAUAAUAAUAGUAAGCACAACAUCAACCUUGCCCCAGAUAUGUUUCAUCAUCAAAACAUGGGAUUUCUGGAACAGCCUCAGACUCAUCAUCAUCGAGAUCAGCAAAUUACCAACGAAACUGAUCAGGGAAGCAGUAGUAGUACUGCUGCUACAACUACCACCACCACCACCAGUAACAACAACAAUAAUUCGAUAUUAAUGAUGGAUGAUUUCAAUAGGCUAGUGACUUACAAUAAUAACCAACAAUAUUUACAAUACUAUAACAGUGGUAUUAUGAAUCCUUCUCCUUCUGAAAAUCAUCAUCAUCUUCUUCCUCUUCAUCUUCAUCAUCAUCAUCUUCAGUUCUCUAAUCUGCUAUUGCAGCAGCAGCCACAAGUUCAGCAACCAACGGUGGCUCUGAAUAGUUCGGUUCCGAUUACUUCUUUUUCUGACAGAUUGUGGGAGUGGAAUCCAUUAAUCCCUGAAGCUACAAACCGAGAGUUCAGCAACAUGUCCUUCAAGUAACUAAUAUAUGUAAUCUUUCUUAUAUAUAUAUAUAUAUAUAUGAUCCAUUUUCAGUGUAGCUCUUUUUUUGGUUUCAUAGACUCUGGUAUGUACGUAGUGUUUGGUUUGAAUUAUUUCGUAGGUUGUGUCCCAUUGAUCUCAUAUGUUAAUCGUUGGCGCACAUUGUAGUGUAGUUUCAAAAGGCAAAACCGCAAAAAGUAUAUUUAUUGACUUUUGUUAUUAUUUAAAUGUGUCUUGAGUUUAAA